AUGUCCGCCCUCUCCUACUCUCCUCCGCCAGAACUUCUGGCCCAGGCCCAGAGCCAGAGCGACUGCAAUCUCCCUCCGGGGUUCCAGAUCAAGAACUUUGCGGCCAAGUCGAACGAGACCGGUCCUGCGGCCACUCUGACCGCAUACAACUUCACCUUUGUUGACCAGACGACAAGCGUCACCACCAACUGCCACUAUAAUUCUAGCUCUGUUUCCACCACGCCUCCAGGCUUGACGCCGAGGUACGCGUGCGAGAAGAGUGACAUCAAGUUCAUCUGGGACAACGCGCAGAGGCAGUUGACCAUCACUGAGAGGAUCUGCCCCAAAGCCAAUGGCGCUGCCACAUGGGAGGUAGCUGGCUCAGCGAUAAUUCCCUUGUCUUGCUCUACGCCGCCAGGCGCUUGCACGACCAAUUCGACCGAUAUCGAUGGGAAAUUCACUGCGCUGGACCCAGUAACAGAUCCUACUUUGGCCAAGUAUUGGGUGAGCUAG